AUGCCAGCGUACGCCUACAGUCAUGUGUCGGAACACGCAAGAUAUCCACCAUGGGAUCGAGGAGACCUUGAGGCGUCGCAGUGUGAGAUAUCGAAGCAUCGCAGUACCCGUUCAAGCUGUUUGAAGGGGCGCGUUCUGACUCAGACGCGUCCGACGCCCCUGGACGGGGAAGCCGGAACGCUAGCGCAAGCUCAGAGCGUCUGGAUAGGCUGGAAGGACUCCUCGAAGCAGCAGACACCAUCUUCCGAGUACAAGUAUGGCGAGUCGAGCGCGUUUACGGACUUCAUCAAAGCUCAAGCUCAACGCACGAGGGUAGGAUCCCUAGACACCUCAAUGAGAGCGCCAGCCCAAGUGGUACAAGCACCUGAGCUGGCGAUGCCACAGACAGAAAACACGACGAACAUGCAGCGGCCAAUGACCGAACCCACGGCGCAGCAGUUUGUACCCCUUCCGAGCUUCGGGAUCAAAGUGCCGAAGCCACGUGACCUGGACUGGCCGGUCUUCAUGAAGUUCACGAGGAAAGAAGUGUAUCCUGGUCUUGGGGCGGAUUUUAAGACAUGGGGACUAAGGUUCUUGCAGAGACUUGCAGCAGCGCAACAGAUGAGCGGCGGGGAUUGA